AUCCCCCUGCCUGCCGCCCUGGCCGAGGCGUAGCGGGAGCCCUGCUGCCGCGGGAAGCGGCCUGGGGCCUCGGGUAUCGCAGUCGGUAAAAAAUGGAAGAAUACGAAGUACUGAAAGUAUUGGGAGAAGGGUCCUUCGGGAGAGCUCUCCUAGUUCAGCACAAAGUCAGCGACCAGAAGUAUGCCGUGAAGGAAAUUAGGCUUCCUGUGUCUUCGUCUGAUGUAGAGAACUCUAGGAAGGAAGCUAUUCUUUUGGCUAAAAUGAAACAUCCAAAUGUUGUUGCCUAUAAAGAAUCAUUUGAAGCUGAUGGACACCUGUAUAUAGUGAUGGAGUAUUGUGAUGAUGGAGAUCUAAUGCAAAAGAUUAAACACCAAAGAGGAAAGUUGUUCCCUGAAGACACGAUCCUUUGCUGGUUUGUGCAGAUGUGCCUGGGUGUGAAGCACAUUCACGAUAAGCGUGUAUUGCACAGGGAUAUCAAAUCUAAGAACGUCUUUCUCACUCAAAAUGGAAAAGUAAAAUUGGGAGAUUUUGGAUCUGCACGGCUUCUUGCACACCCGAUGUCAUACGCCUGCACAUACGUGGGAACUCCUUACUACGUACCUCCUGAAAUAUGGGAAAACAUGCCAUACAACAACAAAAGUGACAUAUGGUCUCUGGGAUGCAUCCUGUAUGAGCUGUGCACUCUUAAACAUCCAUUUCAAGCCAAUAGCUGGAAACAUCUAAUCCUUAAGAUAUGCAAAGGAUCCUACAGUCCUCUGCCAGCUCACUACUGCUAUGAACUCCAUCACUUAAUAAAACAGAUGUUCAAGAGAAAUCCCAAGAAUCGUCCGUCAGCGACUACUAUCCUUGCAAGAGGUUGCUUAGCCAAACUUAUCAGAAAUUGUUUCCCUUCUGAGGUGACAGAAGAAUUCAAGCAAGAUCUAAAGGAAACCAGGAAAUGCAAAGGCACUGCAAUAAGACCAAAAGGCAGUGUUGCAGCUGGUGGAGGCCCAAAUAAGAAAGAAAGUAAGCAAAGCAAAGAUGAAGGUAGCACGUGGUUGAAAAGUGAAAAUACAACUAAAGAUUUGAAUGAAUGCACAAGAGAACAAAGGAAAAAAGAUGAAGAGGCAGAAACUUUGGAAGUCCUCUCAGGAGUUACUGAUUUGACACAUCUCCAUAGGAGACGAUGGGAGAAGAGGACAUUCAGUACUGUAGUGGAUGUCCUGGAAAAUGCUCCCUUGCUUUCUUCCAGUUUUACAUCUGAAGAGAAUAAAAAUGGUUCUGUUACAAACUACAGUGAAAGUAAGCCACGUAAGCAGUGGGCUAAGGAAACUCCUCAGACCCUGAUGAACAUCCUCAGUACUGCAGAUGUCAGCUUAGCGUUUGAAACAUACACAGUUUAUAAACCAGCUUCUGAAAAUAUUCUAAGAGGUCCACUUUCUGAUGAAACUGAAGCAUCUGAUGAACUAGAUGGGGAACAUGAAGAUAUUGCCACAGAUUUGGAGAGACUUGAGCCUAGAUCUGAUGAAGACGAUACGGACUUUGAGGAAGAUGACCCAGACUGGGUGUCAGAACUGCAAACGGUGUUGAUACGCAGUGACUGAAAACCUGGAGUUUUUCUACAGUAACGAAAGUCAGUCUUGCCACUAUUUGUAAUCCCAUCUGUGGUUAUUAACAGUUGGUUAUUAAUAAAGUCACCUCAGUCAAAAAA